AUGACUGGACGUCAUGGCUUGGCUCACUUAUUGCUACUUGGCGUGCUCUUCCACGCCGUGUACGUAGUUAGUAUCUUUGAUAUCUACUUUACAUCGCCUGUAGUGCCUCAUAUUGAAAGUGUAACGUAUACAACGUCUCCUCCUGCCAAACGUAUUGUCAUUUUUGUCGCUGACGGUUGUCGAGCAGACAAGUUUUUUGAAACAAAUGCUUCGUCCGACGACACGACUGCACGUCGUGUGUCAUUUUUACGUACAAUAAUAAAGACUACAGGUAGUUGGGGUGUCAGUCAUACCCGAGUCCCUACAGAAAGUCGUCCUGGUCAUGUCGCACUUUUUGCAGGAAUGUAUGAAGAUGUAAGUGCAGUGACAAAAGGGUGGGCGGAUAAUCCCGUGGAUUUUGACUCGAUUUUUAAUCAAAGUCAUCGUAGUUUUUUAUUUGGGAGUCCAGAUAUUGUGCCGAUGUUUACUCGGCACGUGGCACAUGCAGUUGAAGAGCAUUAUUCCCAUGCUGAAGAAGAUUUUGCAAAAACAGAUGCUUCGGAAUUAGAUAUUUGGGUUUUUCGUCAGUUGCAACAAUUGAUGGCAAACGCAAAAUUGGGCUCGACAUUGUAUCAUCAAUUACAGGAGACGCAAAUUGUCAUUUUUUGUCAUUAUUUAGGAAUUGAUUCAAAUGGACAUGCCCAUCGACCUAAUUCAAAUGAUUAUUUGAAUAAUAUUGCACUCGUGGAUGAACUGGUUGAGAAAACAUAUCGACUUGUGGAAGAAUUUUAUGAGUAUGAUGAACGAACGGCAUAUAUUUUUACAGCAGAUCAUGGCAUGGGAUUGAAAGGAGCUCAUGGAGAUGGUGAUCCAGCAAAUACACGGACACCUCUUGUGGUUUGGGGAGCUGGUGUACAAGGACCUAUUGAGGUGAACGGAAGUGGAAAUUUUGACAUUGAUUUGCCCACGCAGUCUCGAACACAAGUUCGAGCACAAUUACAAGCACAGGAAGAGCAGGAACAAGCAGCCGUGAAAGAAUGGAGAGGUCUUGAUACUUUGGUGAGAAAGGACGUGAUGCAAGCUGAUGUUGCACCGCUUAUUAGUGCAUUACUAGGGCAGCCAUACCCGCGCAAUUCGGUGGGAGUGUUGCCGUUCUCGUACUUGGCAAAGGGAGCAUAUCGAGCAAAUGCUGUCAGAUCGAACGCGCAGCAACUUUAUUUGCAUGCCCUGCGAAAGGCACAGGAGAAACAGUCACGCACAUUAUUACGCUUUGUGCCGUAUGUCCCGUUUCGUGACCAUGUUCCAAAGCUAUUGCAGCAGCUUGCAGACGCUUAUGGCGCCAGUACGCAAAACGAAGACGACUCAAGCGCUCAUGAACGGGUGGAGGUACUGAGUCAAGAGCUGAUUGAGAUCUGUUUAGCUACUUUAGAGUAUUUUCAGCGAUACGAUUGGUUCUUCUUGCUCGGCGUUGUCGUUCUAGGUUAUAUUGGAUGGAUGAUUGUGGUGGGGGUAGCCUAUCUCCACCCGCGUGACUUUAGCUUGAAGUGGUUUCUCGGUGUGAGUGGCAAGCAGCUGGACAUCAAACUGGUUGUUAUAUUACUCGCAGCUUUUGUAUAUCUGGUCCUCGAGGGCUCCCCAGCCACGUACUAUCUGUACGUAUUGUUUCCGCUAGUAUUUGGAGUUUUUACUUGGAACCAUGCUGAUCUAAUCACCCAAGCGUGGAACUUCGGUGCAAGGGACAACACAUCCAAAUCGAGUUGGAAAAGAUGGGGAGAGAUGGCGCUGAUUUUGCUGUGUCUGGAACUAGUUGUGUUUGGGUAUGAACGCCGUGAGAUUUUUGGUAUUCUUUUUUCACUCCUUGCAAUCCGCUGCUGGACGAUCAGCUGUCUUCUCAUCUCCGUGUUUCCGUAUCUUCCGAGCGAGUAUGGCGAGCACACUAUGUUAACUUGGAUGAACGCAUUUGCUCUGAACGCUUCGCCUUUGAUGCUCUCACUAAUGACUCUGUACGGUACCAUGCAGUAUCUUGACGGUGACCGAAGUAAGCCGCCAUUUUUACUCACGCUGGCUAAUUGGCUCCUGUCUGGUGUUCCCAUCGUGCUGCUGCUCAUCCGAAUCCAACGGAGCACAAACGGCUUGAGUCGAACCCUGGAAACUGGCUCCAGCCGUCAUGACCAGCAUUCACAUCUAGAAGCUCACGUUGCCCGAUGUGUACGACGACUCAUUGAGGUGAUGCUGGCUUUCGCGCCUUCAUUCAUUCUGCUGAGUAUUGCGUACGAGGUGCUGUUUUACGUGGUACUGGGCAGUGUUCUUGUGAGUUGGUUCUUGUUAGAAAGCCAAGCUUUACUGGAAUCUUCCUCUUCAAUGUGGCGCGAGGUCCAGCGUGCAUUUGUGUUUUUAUUGCUGGUCAAAAUUGCAUUCUUUGGUACGGGGAACGUGGCUAGUAUGAGCAGUUUUGAGAUCUCGUCAACGUACCGCUUUGUCACGGUUUUCGCUCCCUUCACGAUGGGUGCAUUAUUGGUGGGCAAGAUUCUCAUUCCAUUUAUGCUGGUAGCGUGCACUUUUCACUUGAUUUUACUUCUUCCAUCGAUGCCCGUGUCAGCUCAAGUAAAACCGCCACGACCGCUUCCUGCUGUCCGUUAUUUUCUUCUCGUUGUCGCCAUGUCGGACGUGCUUGCACUCCAUUUUCUCUUUCUCGUCAAGAAUGAAGGCAGUUGGAAAGAAAUUGGCAAUUCCAUUUCAAUGUUUGGUAUCGUGAAUGCCCAAAUCGUUUUUAUCCCGCUUUUAUUCCUCUUGGGCCGUGCAUUUGUUGACGAUCUCGCAUCCGAGUCUUACACGUACAAUCCGAUCCAAAAAAAAUCUCAAUAA